AUGGUACUCGUGCAAAAAUGGACUUGUGAUGGAAAAGAUUCAAUCAGCGAGAAAGGAUCUUUGGUCUUUUAUUGGAAUCGAGCAGGAGCAAGGAGGCAAACCACCUCUUAUUUUUGGAGUAAAAAAGGGAAGUUUUAUAUUUCGGCUCGAUCGGACUCGAAUUUCUUCAAAAAUAAAGGGGGCUGUGCUCUGAAGCCUGAAGACAUAGACGAGUACAAAGUAUGCGACGAAAAUGGAGAGCAAGUGUAUGUUCUCUGGCGGCAAAAUGUUACUGAAAGUGAGGAACUGAUAGACAAGUGGGUGCGCUGGCGAUAUGAGAUCAAGUGGUCAAAAUAUCACAAGACAAAAAGGACUUACCACCCAACACCGGCCUUUUUAAAAAUUUCAAUGAAUGACAAAAUUAUCAUCGAUUCUGCUUCUCUGAGUCCAGAUCUGUUUAUGGGCAGAAACGACGAAGUCUUACCGUAUUUCAAAGUCGGAAUUUAUAACUCAGACGGAUCUGCUGAAGGAGGAGAAAAUGCAGAAGUGACCAUUCGAAAGUACAGAGAAAGCUUAUUGAAGAUGGAAGCCGAAGAAAUUAUAGAAGAAAAAGUGGAAGUCCAAAUUCAAGAAGAAACCAACGAGGUGUACAUUGUUGAUUUAGAAGCUGGAUCAGGAGAGCGAGACGAAAUGUUAGCGGAAAAUGUGACAACGACGAAAACGGUUACAUCUACUACAGAAGCUCCUAUUCCGGUUGAUCUUGUUGCCGCACCAAGCAAAUCAAGAAAGAGAGACAAAGAAAAAUGUAGAAAUGGCAAGAAAAAACUGGGUCCCGACGGAGAAUGCGUCAAACUCUCAAAAGAAGAGCGCAGAAGACUUCGAAAAGAAGGCAAAAUUCGAAAGCCAAGAGAGGCAGAGGAAAUUGCGAAGCCAAAACUGCCACGUUCGAAGGCGACAAAUAUGCUCCGCUUCAAAGAUUUAACGCAUGUGAAUUCUACUUUCGAGUUCUUACCCACUGAAUACGGGAGAGAGAACGAAAGAUGUGUGUUGCAGCCUUUUGGAACUUCGAUAUCGCAUAAUUUGAACAGGGAGCUCUCAGCGGGCUUUCGAGAUAUGGGCUACGAAAGAAAAGAAACUAAGGCGAUAGUUAAUGCGCUCGUGAAUGCCUUGACUGCCAAUGAUAGAAGAAUUCAGCGCCUCGAAGACUUGCUUGUCCGGCUUCAAAGUGACGAUGCGGACGACUUUUGA